AUGAAUAACUUAGGGUUUUGUUAUGAAAAGGGAAUUGGGACAAAUUAUGAUGAAGAAAAAGCAUUUGAAUUAUAUCAAAAGGCAGCUAAUUUAGGAAAUUUUGAUGCAAUAAAUAAUUUAGGUUGGUGUAAUUAUGAAGGAAUUGGAACUGAUAUUAAUGAAGAAAAAACAUUUGAAUUAUAUCAAAAGGCAGCUAAUUUAGGAAAUUUAAAUGGAACAUGCAACUUAGGUUGGUAUUAUUGUGAAGGAAUUGGAACUGAAGCAUCUUUUGAAUUAUCUAAAAAAUUAGCAGAAGAAGAAUAUGCAAGUGGAAUGAAUAAUUUAGGGUUUUGUUAUGAUACUGGAACUGGAACUAAUUUUAAUGGAGAAAAAGCAUUUGAAUUCUAUCAAAAGGCGGCAGAAUUAGGAAAUUUUAAAGGAAUGAAUAAUUUGAGUUGGUGUUAUUAUGAAGGAAUUGGAACUGAUAUUAACGAAGAAAAAGCAUUUGAAUUAUAUCAGAAGGCAGCAGGUUUAGGAAAUAUAAAUGGAAUUAUUAGCUUAGGUUGGUGUUAUAAUAAAGGAAUUGGAACUGAAGUUAAUAAACAGAAGGCAUUCGAAUUAUACCAAAAAGCAGCAAAUUUAGGAAGUGAUUCAGCUCAAUGCGAACUUGCCACAAUGUAUGAAAUAGGAGAAGAUAUUAAGAAAGAUAUAGAUCAAGCAAUUCAUUGGUACAAAAAAUCUGCUGCACAAGGAAACCAAUUUUCUAAAAAUAAAUUGAAAAAAAUUGAAAGUGAACUAAGUAACAUUGUAGAAAUCGAAGAUUUAAAUGAAUUUUAUAGUAUGAUAAUUAAUUAG